AUGGCUACUGAGAGAGCUGUUCUUUUUCAAUCAACCCUUGGAGGCGCAAAUCCAAGUUUUGUUAAAUCGAUGCGCCAAAGCGAUGUUUACAAUGGUUAUUGGUUGAGCAUUCCUCAAAUGUUUUGCGUGGAUCACCUACCGAAUCGUGAUGCAGCGAUUACCUUGGUAGAUUCUCAAGGGGUAGAGUUCGAUGCUCGUUAUCUCCGUCUCGGGAGGGGAUUGACCGGAGGUUGGAAAAGAUUUGCUUGGCAGCAUAACCUUGUUCAUGGCGACGCUCUGGUGUUCGAGCGACCUGAACCAACCGUAUUUAGGGUUUACAUAUUCAGAGCUGUGGAUGUUUGA